CAAGCGCGCGCUGAAAGGAGAAAAGCAGGAAAAGCAAAGUGUAACCGAGGAAUAAUCGUGACUGGCUGUGACAGCUUUGUCUGGAAACAUUUGGGCAUGUUAAUACAAAAUGACUAGAUCUUUUAGAAGAUGUCAGCGUAUAUUCCUUGCAUAGUAAACGACUAGACGACGAAAAUAAGCUGACUCUAGAAAUAAAGAGCCAAAAUAAAAUGGCUAGCAGGACGGGGCGUUGCGUCGCAUGAAUUCCUAUUGCGCCUGCGCAGGAGUUGCAGAGAAUUGUGGGAAAUCUGAAAUCUGGAAUGCUGUGGUCGACAUGUCUAGUAAAGAAAGUUCAGAAGGAAAAAGGGGCUCACACCAGACCGAGUUGUAUGAGCGGGUUCCUGAAACAUGCCUGCCAAUCGUUUACUCACCUGCAUAUAACAUCACCUUUAUGGGUCUGGAGAAACUCCAUCCAUUUGACGCUGGCAAAUGGGGCAAAGUCAUUCACUUCUUAAAAGAGGAGCAGUUCAUCACAGAUGAGACCAUUGUCACAGCGAGGGAGGCCAGCGAGGAGGAUCUCCUCGUGGUUCACACCAAACGCUACCUGAGCAGACUCAAGUGGUCUCUGGUGGUGGCCACCAUCACAGAAAUCCCUCCUCUCGUUUUUUUGCCCAACUUCUUGGUGCAGCGCAAGGUGCUGAGACCGUUACGCACCCAGACCGGCGGCACUAUUAUGGCUGGAAAGCUUGCCAUGGACAGAGGCUGGGCAAUUAACGUGGGAGGAGGCUUCCACCACUGUUCCAGCGACAAAGGAGGGGGUUUCUGUGCAUACGCCGACAUCACACUUGCUAUUAAGUUUCUGUUCGACCGAGUGGAGGGGGUCUCUAGGGCCACCAUCAUCGAUCUGGAUGCUCAUCAGGGAAAUGGACAUGAAAGGGAUUUCUUGGAUGACAGACGGGUUUACAUAAUGGACGUCUACAAUCGGCACAUUUACCCCGGAGAUGGAUAUGCCAAAAGGGCAAUUAAGAGGAAAGUGGAGCUGGACUGGGGCACAGAAGACAAUGAGUAUCUCCAGAAGGUGGAGCUCCACUGUGAGGGGACAUUGAAUGAGGUCAGACCUGACAUAAUUGUCUACAAUGCCGGCACGGAUAUUUUGGACGGUGAUCCUCUAGGAGGCCUGGCAAUUUCGCCUCAGGGCAUUGUAAAAAGAGAUGAGAUCGUGUUUAGCGCAGCACGAAGGAGAGGGAUCCCCAUUCUCAUGGUGACAUCAGGCGGCUACCAGAAGAAGACGGCGCGUAUCAUCGCAGACUCAAUCCUGAACCUGCACAGACAACAUCUGAUUAGUGGAGAGGUGCCGGAAGAGGCGGGACAGUCGAUGGUGCCAGUCAUGAUGAGCAAGUCUGUGUCAGCAGGGGCAACUUUUAAUGCCAUCUAAUUUUGGUUAGAUUUGUUUUUUUUCUGGCCCGUUUGUUUUAGAUUAGCAGCACUGUCCCUAUUUUCAUUAACUAACAGGAGCAUGUAAUCCUGAUGAGGUGUAGGGAACAUUUUAUUGUUCAGAGGGGAAAAUGUAUAUUUCUUUUUAUUGUCCUAGCCUACUUUAACCUCUGGUACUUUAACAAUGAAUUAAACCUUUUGGAUGAGUUUAAAUUCUUUACAUUUGUACUUUAUGCAAUGCUUAUUUGCACAAUUUUAUUUUAAAGGAUAACAAAAGCCAGAGUAAUUACGGAUUUCUUCUGUAACAUUACCGGAAGUCAUUUUGGAACAAAUUUUGUUACUCUUAUUACAUUUCUGUACUGUUCUAAAUGAGUAUAGAGCCAUAAAUAAUGCCAAUUCCGCAGCUCCCAGGUCCAGCACAAUCGAGCAGGAACAUCCUUAGAGAGUUAAGCAGCAAAUUUAUUGGCUUCUUUGUGGUACUAACCAACUGAAUGUGCUUUCUAGGAGGAUUGCCUGCCCUCUCCCCCACUUCCAUUGUUUCAGCAGACUUCAUUUAAAGGUGAUUUUCAUGAACGAGUAACCCCCUCUCUAUGCCCUGCAGCAAGCCUUUGCAUCCUGCUGACUCAGCAUCUACUUUAAGAUAUCCGAGAGUGAGAGAAUGUAAAUUAGAAAUCACUCCUCCUUAGUGAUCCGCAAUCCAUUGGAAAAAAAAAGUAAUAAUAAUAAUAAUAAUAAUAAUAGUGUGGGAUGUGCAAGUCAUCUUCUGACUAGAUGUGAUUUAUGUUGUCAAAACACUCACAUGUUAAUGUUAAUAACAAGAUCUUCCUUCCAAGUCUAGCUGUGUCUGGUGGGUUUGGGUUUGGCUGCUGGGGUGAGAUUGUCAGUUCUAAUAAGUAUGUUCCAAGACACUAAAUGUGUCAUCAUUACUACUUUAUAAUGCACAUUAAUGCAAUCUUUUUGGAUUUUGAUGUGUACCUUAUUGACAUGACUACGCUUUAAACUGACUCCUGCACUUACUGUAUAAUCUUCUUAUGGGAUUGUAAUCUGAUCUUUUUGAAAGUCUAUGAAGGUGCGCGUGUGUGUGUGUGGGUGGGUUUGUGUGUGUGUAAUUGUACCCUCUUACUGUACUGUAUAUCCACACUACAUGUUGUGGUGCCUAACAAAAGUGCCACAAUAUUAUAUGCGUUCUUCAUUUAUUUUUUUUUAACUGGCAUUUUG